UUAGAAUGGAGCAAAGUGCAAUUAUGAAUUUAAUUCCACAAAUUUUGGCGGGUUGUCUUGUCUCGUGUCAGUAUUCUGAGCUAGAGGCUGUGGCUCUCUGCCUCUCUCCUCCGCUACUUGUCUAUAAGUACACGACCCAUGCACUGGCUAAUGACCCUCUCCAACCUCAAUGUCCUUCUCGCUCUGAUACACAAGAAACGGCUCGCAGUUUCAGGAUCUCUUCUCCUCUUUACCUGCUCUAUCUCCACCUUUUGACGCCUCUUCAAUCUUUUCUCAUUUCAUUUUCUUUUGACUUUCUAUCAUUUUGCCUUAGUUUCUCUCAAUCCAAACAUGACAACCUUCAAAAUACCAACUUUCUUGCCUUUCUCAAAACUCCCAAUACACCCUAAUCCUGACCCUAAACAUAGCGGACAUAAAAUUAAAUUCUCUCUAUCAUUCAAUCACAAAUACAGCUAUGGUUUUAAUUCCAACUCGUUAAUUUUGAAAUUUCAUUGUAAAAGACAUAAACUUUCAGUUUCUUGUUCUGCGGCUAUCCAGGCUCCAGCGGGGACCAUCAACAGAGCCGAGGUCGCUGCCGAUAGGAUUCAACGGCUUGUUUCUGAAUUCGCGUCUCUUGACGAGCCGAUUGACCGCGUGAAGCGGCUUUUAGAUUACGCCGCCCGUCUACCUCCAUUUAAUGAGUCGGCUCGCUCGCUGGGAAACCGAGUCAUAGGGUGCACGACUCAGGUGUGGCUAGAAGUGAGAAUGGACGAAAAUGGGAGAAUGAGAUUCAGAGCCGAUAGCGACUCGGAGAUUACCAAAGGUUUUAUUUCGUGCUUGAUUUGGUUGCUUGAUGGCGCGGAGCCCGGUGAGGUGGUAGCGGUGAAGUCGGAGGAUUUGGCGGCGAUGAAUGUGGGCUUGUAUGGUAAGGCCCAAUCGAGAGUGAAUACGUGGCAUAAUGUAUUAAUCAGUAUGCAGAAUAGGACUAAAGCUUUGGCUGCGAAGCGAAAGGAGUUGGCUUUGGAGCCGCUUCCGUCACUGGUGGUUACCACCGACGGUAUCGGUGGCACUGGUAGUUUUGCCCAAGCUCAGGUAGGUUACCAAGGAAGUGGAAUUGGGAAGUAGAGUCUAGGAAUGGGGAGGCAUGCAGAAGCUUGAGUAAAUGUGGCCUUCUUGCCUCUGGGAUGGAAGGUCUGUUUUUGUUUAUCAACGUAGUUUACUCUCAAAUUCUCGGAUCCCUUUUCCUUCAAUUUUUGUUUGACUUGCACAAGCAUAUCUUUAUGUUCUGAUUCCUGCCAUCCACUUCCAAUUAGAGAUUUAUUUAUCUUAUGGUCAAAUUACAUGGAUAUACCUUCUUUCAGUAAAUUUUAAUUCACAAACUAGUGCUCAACUCGGUCACUGUAAAUACCAUUAUGCUAUUUUCACUUUUACAUGCAGCCUCUGAUUUAGGCACUAGUUGAUUCCUAUAGAAUGUCUGCAACCAGGAUCACAGAUGCAUUGUGGUCAUGAAGUUCUGGGAAUAGAGGACAUAUCCCAUUCUCUGAUGCCUUCUUGGUGGCUAAUUUUAAAAUUUCUGGAGAGACGUUUUCCUUCAGCAAUUGAAGCAAAAAGAGAAGGAAUGGUACAGGUGCUGGCAAAUAGAUUGUUAAAUUUUGAAUCCUGUACCAGGACAGCAAAUGUGAGCAACGAAAUUAUCUUCCCAGUUUCAUCAGACUCGUCGUUAAACAUGGAGGAGUCUAUCCAAGGAAUAAAGUGCAGUUAGAUGGGUGAUUUUACAAGACUACACGACGUGUCUUGUCCAUACAUGAAGGUAUAUGUGUUUUCACUUAGAAAAGGAAAAUUUUAGUAUAACAAAAAUGUUAUGCAUAAGCAGUUGACCAUGGCAGUGAAUUUGGAAUGCGCCAUGGAAAAUGUCUCCAACAGUAAUAACUUUUGGUUUGUGAUUUCAAGCUUCAUUUGCCUCAGAUGUCAUGUAAUGCAAUUUUUAGUCUCUAUCUGUGUCAGGAUGGUUCACUUACUGAUUUCAAGUCUGUCACUAGCUUCUUGAAGAAAAUAUUCUUUCAAAGCUUGCAUCUUGGGAAUUCAAGUCCCAUACUCCAACCUCAAAUACCAGCAAAAAUGAGACACACUUUCAGGUUGCCUUCCUCAAAUGAUGGAACAUCUGAUUAUCAACAUUUGGAGACCCAAUUUAGAUUAUUCAGCUUUCUGGCUCUCACAGAUUCUAUGGAUUUGUUUCUUCGGUAAACAAACGGAUUACAAAUAAACUUGAGUACAAGAACUUCAUUCACAUAUCAAAGGGAAGAGGUCAAAAUGGAGUUCUGAGUUGGGAAUUGUCAUGGAUGCUGUUCUUUUUAUUGAUUUUUCUGGGACCUGGAUUUCUAAGCAAAAAUGUUGCUUCUCUAGCAAAAAAUAGAAUAAGCAGAGAAUACUGUUGGUACUCACUAUUAUUUUCUUCUCCGAGUUAGAUGAAGAAAUCACGUAUUUUUAUCAUGAA